UCUCUCCUCCACUUUGCCCUCAGUGCCGACCCAAAGGAGGAGAGGAGAGUCGACAGGCAGACGCUGAAGGAUCCAGAUGUCUGCCGGGGAUCAGAAGAGUGGAGGACCAGAAGCCGUGUGGCCCGAGGUGGAGCGGGCCGAGCGUCUGGCCCGCGGCGCCGCCCUCAAGUGGGCCUCGGGGGUGUUCUGCCGGCCCGAGCAGCUGGAGCGACUGAGCCAGUACAGGAAGAGGGAGAGCCAGAGGACGUCCUCCAUACACACCCGACUCAAGUCCAUGAUCCAGUCGUACCUGGAGGGGGUGGGCUGGGGUCUGGAGCAGCUCCGGGAGGCCCGGCUGGAGCUGCGGGAGGUGUCGCACGCCGUGAGGAAGGCGGGGCUUGAGUCCAGCGGGAACGCCGAGGGGGGGCGGGCCCUGGAGAGGCUGAGGGAAGUGUCCGUCAGCCACCGGCAGCUGCUCGCCACCGUCAGCAACCUGCCGCGCCUCUAUGCCGUGCGCAGCAUGGUGCUGGAGACGGAGCGUCUGGUGGAGUCGCGCCGGCUCCUCGAGGCCCACGCCCGGCUGGUGGAGCUGGAGAGCUGGCAGGACGACAUCCUGUGGCAGCUCCACGGGGCGGCGGGCGCGGCAGGAAGUGAGCUCAGCGCCGAGGACCAGGAGCUCGUGGACGGAUACUUCUCUGGGGUCGGGCAGCUGGUGGACGCCCUGGGUAAGGAGCUGUGGGCCGUGGUGAGCAGCGCUCUGGCCCUGGCCCAGCAGAACCCCACGCCGUUCGUGUCGGCGGUGAGGAUCGUGGAGCGGGAGGAGGCCCUGGACCGGGCCCUGCUGGAGGAGCGGGGGGGGACCCGCAGGCCCCUCCCCCCGGGGCGCCCUCGCUGCUGGAGGGCGAGCUUCUUCCAGGUGCUGGAGGAGGCGGUGUCGGCCCGGUUCCGCAGCGUGUCCUACCUGCACACGCGCGGCCCGGGUCUGGCGGGCCACCUGGCCGCCCUGCAGCACGGCGUCAUGGCCGACCUGAACACGGUGCGCCACCUGCUGGAGCACUGCGUCCCGCCGCACUACGGGCUGACCGGGGCCUACCUGAGGGCCGGACACCGCUGCCUACACGCCCACCUGGCUCAGGUGAGCAGCUGGGACCUGGAGAGUGGAGAGACCUUCGCGGUGCUCCACUGGGUGCUCCACACCUACAACAGCCCGGACAUGAUGGGGGACCCGGAGCUGGUGACGGAGAUGGAGAAGGUGGAGCUCGGGCCUCUGAUCUCCACCGAGGGUCUGGAGCAGCUGCACAGCAAAUACGUGCAGAGCGUUGGGAAGAGUGUCUCUGAGUGGAUGCACAAAGCCCUUCAAGUGGAGCUGCAGGACUGGCACAGAGACCAGGAACCAGAUACAGACCACGAAGGUUUCUACCAGACCAGCCUGCCCACUAUCAUCACACAGAUGCUGGAGGAGAACGCCCGGGUGGCUCGGAUGAUCGGCGAGUCUCUGCGGGACCAGACGAUCCAGAUGGGCCUCUACGAGAUGGAGACCCUCCUCAACAGGUUUCGAGAAGCUCUGGUGGAUUUUGGGAAGGAGCAUCGCGGGAAUCCGAACAACGUCAACAACAAGUUCUACCUCCACUACCUGCUGGCCUCCAUCAGCAACUGCAUCAUCCUCAAGAAGUCCACCGAGAGUCUGCAGAAGCAGCAGUCGGCCCGCUCGGCGGCGCGGUUCUCCCGGACUCCUCCGAACCCGCUGGCGGCUCUGGACCGGGCGGUGAGGCGGGCGUGUCGCCUGGCGAUGGAUCAGUUCCUGCAGGACCUGCAGCCCUUCCUGUCGGGCCUGCUGACCCGGGCCUGGCUGGUCCAGGGAGACCCCGCCCCCAAACUCUGCCACGUCCUGGAGCGCCACCUGGAGCUGCACGGCCGCGUUCGCCCGCCCUGCCGACAGCGCCUGCAGGAGGAGGCGCGGUGGCUGACGGCGGUGGAGUACGUCAGGGCGCUGAUGAAGAAGAGGCUGGUGUGCCGCAGCGCCGAGGAGAGGAGGCAGCUCGGCCAGCAGAUGGUGCAGGAUGACCAGCGCUUCAGAGAAGUCCUCCACGGCCCGGACGGCUCCGUGCCUGAAGAGAAUCCUCUGUCCUUGCUCCCCGUGCUGGCGGACUUCCUGCGGCUGAAGGACCCCUUCAUGCUCUCCCUGGAGGUCUCGGCUCUGGCGGCCAGAUACCCCGACAUCGGGGAGGAGCACGUGUCGGUGCUGCUGGACAUCCGCGGGGACGUGUCCCGGGACGUCCGGGGCGCCGUGCUGGACUCGCUGGAGCGGAGCGCCGGCCCGCUGCCGGCCGGGUACCGGCCCAUCUUCACCGGCAUCCUGGUGCCGCCCUCCGCCAUGGCCUUCUGCCUGCCCGCCGCCAAGUGUGGCACGGCGUGACGGAGACCGCCUCGUUCCUACCGGGAGCCACCGCCGAGAAACCGCUGCCCGGUGAUUGGUCGAACCGUCCGUCCAUCAAACCCUUCCCCGGUGGCGUUUUCUUCUUUCAAUGAAGAGAAGCUCUCCUGGCCACGCCCCCUAGCUGCAGUAACUCCUCCCACGAGGCUGAUUGGUCCAGUCUCUGGCUCACCGGACACUAACGCAUUUGAAGAUUGGCGAGAGGGUUUCUCUCUUUCUUGUGGCACGAGAUCCCGCACUUUCUCGCGGGAUCUCGUGACGUGGCCAAAUCUUCCGCGCUGUCGCGACAACAUUUCACCGCUACGUUUUCGUGGUCAAUAAUUCUAAACUUCGGGUUCAAAUUUUUAUUUGGAAUACCUCCGCUUGGCUGCCUGUAGUUGUGACUCGUGUGACAUCAUCAAGCAACACUCCUGGCCAAUAGAAACACCCGCUGACGGCUCUACGGGAUCUUUACUGUCAUAACCUGACGGUCCGGUUACUUGUUUUCAUGCUUUUAUUUGGUCCAAUGUCAUCUCGUCAGAUUUUUCUAAAUAUUCUGUUUGUGUAUUUAUGUAUUGUCUGGGGCUUCCUCUUGAAGAGCGAUAUGUAAUGUGUUGUGUUCAAUGCUCCGUGUAAACACGAGCUUCCAUAAAGGCUUUGAAAGAC